AUGGAGGACGUGUGGCUGGCGGAAAACUUUUCCACCGUAGCGCCGUCCGAGCAGGGCGGGCCAGCGGUCCCAUCCUCGCCGCUGAAGGCGGGACUCAUGGCCGGGAUGUGCGCUCUCAUCAUCUUCGGCAACAUCUUCAACGUCUCCGUCAUUCUCUACAACGAGAACCUCAGAAACGUGACAGGAAGUUUCAUGGUCGCCCUGGCCUGUGCGGACCUCGGGCUAGGUCUCCUGGUGCUCCCCCUGAGUGUCCGGACGUCCCUGGCCGGGCACUGGGUGUACCCUGAGUCCGUGUGUCAGUACUGCGGAUUCCUCGGUACCACCUUCAUGGUGGCCUCGGUACUACUGCUGUUCGACCUGAGUGUGGACCGCUACAUCUCCAUCGCCAAGCCGAUAGAAUACAACAACAUCAUGACCGGUAAAAAGUGCAAGGUCAUGAUCUUCGCAUCCUGGACUGUGGCCGCUAUCUACAGCGCUGGCCCGCUGUACGGAUGGGGCUCGUACGAGUACAGCUACAAGAUGUACGUGUGCGCCGUGGACAUUUUCUCCGAGGUGGUGUUCGGACUCUUCGCUUUCAUCAUCCUCCUACCACCACUGUUUGUGAUGUGCUACCUGAAUGGCAAGAUUUUCAUGAUUGCCCGCUCGCAAGCCGUGCAGAUCCAAAACGCCCACGUUUUCCCCCAGGCUCCCAACAUGUUCCCCGUCAUGUCCUUCAAGGCCGCCAUGACAGUCGGGAUCGUCGUGGUGACCUUUGCGGUGUCAUGGCUGCCCAUGCUUAUCGCCUACAUGUACUCCAAAUUCUCCGGCUACAAAAUCCCUCCCAACCUCUCCUUUGCGUUUAUGUACCUCGCCGUGAGUAACAGUUUCUGGAAUUGUGUUAUCUACUCCACUACUAACGUGAGAUUUCGCACAGGGGCAAAGAAACUUGCCGUCAGGAUCAGGCAGUCCAUUUUACAAACAAUGGAACGGUAGCCGUGAAACGUUAUGUCGUAAAACUUAUUAUUAUACAUACGUCGCAAAACGAAAAGGUGUUUGUGAGGAAGUCAUAAACAUGCUGCCGAAUAUGUUCAGUGCUUUUUAGUGUAUGAUAAGCUGAUUGUUAGCUGAUAAAACGUUCAUGAAAAGAUUUACGAGUGAGCUAGGCAGUUAAUAGAAAUGUAUUUUGGGUCUUUGUGUUGUUAGAGAAAGCAACCGCUGUAAUAGAUUUUUCAUGUACAGAUUGUACAUCAAUACUGUCAUUCGACAACAAAGAUACAACUGUAAAUUGUAUAAAAGUGCUUUUUGCACUCACUGUGCUGUGAUCAUUGUUAUAGCCAUUUUAGUACAAAUAUAUAGUAUGUAUUCUACAACGUAGUAAACCUUUG